GGCGCAGUUUUUGUGUCAAGGCCGAUUGAUUCCUCCGCACAGCCCGGACUCCUCAGUUGUACGCGCGCAGCAGCACUUCGUGGUGAGCUUCUCCCAGUCGUUAUUUCUGCCGUCAGACAUGGCUCAUCUGGACAAGCUGAGUACUAAGGAGUUGGAGGACAUCCUCUGCCAGCUCUGUACCGAUGAGAACAUCAAAGUUGCAGCCUCUGGAGACGAUGACGCCAAGAAGAACCUCGCGAAGAGCGCCGGUUCAGCUAUCGGUGGCAAGAUGCUCAACAAGCUGGGCGGAUUUGGAAGCAUGUUUGGUGGUGGAUCCAAGGAUGGCAAGGACAGCAAGGACAGCAAGGACAGUGGCAGCAGUGGAAAGGAGGCAGAGAUGCGCCCGGCUGCCGAUGUGAUCCGAGAGCUGCCUGAGAAGGAGAAGGACAACUUGGCUGACACCAUCCAGAGCACCAUCUCCAAAUUUGGAGAUUUCAAGGACCCACAGGCGCUGCUGAAGCUCAUCACUGAGAAUGCAAUGGUCAAGCAGCUCAUUACUAGCGCUGUCAAAAAUUUCCUGGGCAACUUCCUCAAGAAUGCUGGUGGAGGUGCUGCCUGAGCUCUGUGCUGCAGUUCUCAGCCUGCUCCCUUCCCCUUACCCUGACCCUCUGCUCCCUAAGGGGGCAUGAUAGCUGCGCUUGUUGGUGUUGUCUCCUCAUGGCUCGCUCUGUAGCAGCUGCUUUCCGAACCUCCUCCUCCUUGUCUUGACAGCCCAAAGCUGCCACACUGCCUUUUCCCAAGGCAGUGUUGCCAGGCUCAGGAAAAAAUUAUUCCAUGAGACGCCACCGAGCUUGCUUGAAGAAGUUGCAGAUUUGCUCGUGUCCUGUGAUGUAGGCCUGCGAGCUCUUUUUCGUCCAUACCUUUUAUUUUCCUAAUGCUGUGCAGAUUUCCUUGUGAAAUAGGGCACGUUCAUCCUUGGCUGAUUAAAAUGUGGUUUUAUCUUUUACCAUUGUCUGAGAUACCAUGAAAUUGCCAUUGUUCUAAGGGGCAAAAAGGUCUAGUUCAUGCACAAUACAUUGGACAUUUGAAUCCUGUGAUCCUUAACUACCUUGCAUUGUUUGUGAGAAUGUCAAAAAUUUUUCCAAUGUUGUAUUUCAUGAACAUCUCGGAGGCAAGGAAAUAAAGUCUCACUCAGGAUGACCUUAUUUGAUAUGAAAGGGAUAUUAUUGGCUGAGCAGAACAGAGAAAAAAAAGUGGAGUUUGUCAGCACACUUGAAAGUAGCUUGUGCUUCUACAUGCCCAAGCUUUAAUGGCUACAGUCCCUUGUUUUGCUUAAACCAGAGUGAGCCACGGAAUACUGUGUUGGGAUUAAAGUGUACAAUUUAUCUGGGCAUUGUCUUGAACAAAGUAUAUGUUUCUUUUCAUUUUCCAUUCUUUUCGCUUUUGGUUAUUAGCUCGGACGCCGCAGCACCACCAUUAUCGCUGGGUUUGGCCACUUGUUAUGAAGAAUAAGUGGAUUGAAACAGAGCAUUACAAAAUACAAGUUCUGAUGGUAUUUUUUCGUGACCCGCACUUCACUCUGCAAAUGAAUAAAAAAUAAGAAAUCACGCUUAUGUAUACAUAUAUAUAUGUAACAGCAAAACCUAAAUUUGAAAAUGCACUGAGAUACCUCGGGGACUGCUUCAACAAUGCUUCAUGUAUGCUUGCACCUGUAUACCUCAGAAGAGAUUGCCUUUUUGGUUGGAACUGUUGUCCUGAGUUUCAUUAAUAUUGUUUUAUAUACGUACCAUUUUUAAGAGGGGUUUACAUCAUCAAAAUAAUAUUCAUCAGUCAUGUUGCACCCAUUUAAAAGCAAUACUUGUUUGAUGUCUCAGUAAAUUACAGCCAAAAGAAGACCAGCUUAUUCUAAGGACAUGACAGCCUGCAACACCACAGCCAUGAGUACCAAAAGCUAUUUUUGCUGAACCAUUUGCCACUGUAAGAAGCAGCCUUAACAAAUGCAAGAAUCAUAGUAGUAUUUGAUAACUGUAAACUGCCGGAUAACAUGGCCUUUCUCUCUGUUGAUAUUUAUUUUGCUUGUAUUGCUUUGAAACGGCCUAUUCUUCAAUGGAUACACUGCCAUUGUUUGUGUUGAAGAGGAGUGAGCAGUUGCACAUUUUUUCUGAACAGAUUGUGGUGAAAUCUGACCGCCCAUUUUAUUUAAAAUGACUGUUAUUCAUUGCAUAAGCGUUGUUUAUUUGGUGCUGUUAACAAUUGAAGCAUGGAAAAAAAUACUUUAUAUGCAGUUCAUUUUAUACAAGAAAGGCUUGACAGUACUUGAGACACUACGCAGUGUACAAUCAUGAAAGAUUACAUUUAUUUAGAGCCUAAUGUCAAUUACUAAUUAUAGUUUGAGUUGUUGCUGCUCCAUGUGUUGAAAAGCUAUUUUUGUUUUGUUGUAUACACCAUGUGCUGUUACAUUCUGCAGCUAUUGUGAGCACUCAAAUAAAAUGUCUACAUAAACGCAA